AUGGGAAGUCAACCCAGCAGAGGAAAACCCCCGACAAAUCUAAGCUCAAGCUUCUCAGUCCAAGCCCAAGGACACCAGCCGGUACAAGCAGAGAGGAGCAAAGCUACAGCUGUGGCCCUGGGCAGUUUCCCGGUGGGUGAGCAGGCAGAGCUGUCACUGAGGCUGGGGGAGCCGUUGACCAUCAUCUCUGAGGAUGGAGACUGGUGGACAGUGCUGUCAGAAGUCUCCAGCAGAGAGUACAGCAUCCCCAGCAUCCACGUAGCCAAGGUUUCCCAUGGGUGGCUGUAUGAGGGCCUGAGCCGGGAGAAAGCGGAGGAGCUGCUGCUGCUGCCUGGGAACCUGGGAGGGGCCUUCCUUAUCCGGGAGAGCCAGAGCCGGAGAGGCAGUUACUCUCUGUCAAUCCGUCUCAGCCGCCCCACAUCCUGGGACCGGAUCAGACACUACAGGAUCCAUCGCCUUGACAAUGGCUGGCUGUACAUCUCACCACGUCUCACCUUCCCCUCACUUCAGGCCUUGGUGGACCAUUACUCUGAGGGCUGGCCCACUUCCUGGCAAGCCUAUACCCCCACCUGUGACUGUGCCAACAAUGCCAGUGAACUGGAAAGAGCUGGACAGCUCCUUCCUGUUUUCUGAGCCAUCUGCCACAGGAGAAGCAGCUCUCCUCAGUGAGGGGCUCCGGGAGGCUCUCAACUCCUAUAUCAACCUGACUGAGGACAAAUCCUUGGAUGAUGCC